UCCAGGUGUGGUGACAGUGUAUACUUCCACAGGGAGGUGUUGUGUCACUCUCUGGAUGGUAACAGAGUGGAUCUGCUGACGGUCACCAGCUGUCUCGGCAUGCAGGAAGAGAGAGAACACCGCCUGGACAAACUGUUUCCUGAUGCAGAGACCCCACGACCUCAUCGCUUCACUGGCAAACAGGUGUUUUUCCUCAGUAGUCGUGUACACCCGGGGGAGACGCCGUCGUCGUUUGUCUUUAAGGGCUUUUUAAACUUCAUUCUGCGUCAUGACGACCCCAGAGCUCACACACUCCGCAACAUGUUUGUCUUCAAACUCAUCCCCAUGCUGAACCCGGACGGGGUGGUACGCGGACACUACAGGACUGACUCUAGAGGGGUGAAUCUGAACAGACAGUAUCUGAACCCUAGUCCUGAUCUCCACCCCUCCAUCUACGCUGCUAAAACACUGCUGCUCUACCACCACACACACAACCGCACCACACACACACACUCCAACACGCACAUCAACACACACUCUAACACACACACCUACAACCCACCUCAAGCACCUCCCCUCAGCACCAAACCCACCAAUCAGAGCCCUGCCCCACACCUCACCCCUUGGAACUCAGCCUCAACCAACGGAACGCUGAUAAAGACUCUAACCCCGCCCCUUCAGAGAUUGCCAUGGUUAUGGAGGAGAUCGCCUGGUACCUCUGGAGAUGUCAGUCAUAGCCGGGGAACCAAUCCCUGCGCAGGAGGGGGAGUGGCCUAUUACGUGGACCUGCAUGGCCACGCUUCCAAACGCGGCUGCUUCAUGUACGGCAACAGCCUAUCAGACGAAAACCAGCAG